UCAUUUCGUGAUUCUUGUAAACAUAAUUCGUCGUACUUCGUAUUGACCGCUCAUCUAUCCGUCACGUAGACGCGGUUUUAGCCCAAUGUCGGACGAGGAAUUGAACGAGAAGCUCGCUGGGCUCAAAACUGAUCCUGGGAAGAAGCUCACGAAAAGAGAGCUAAGGAAAUUAGCUAAGCGAGCAGACUAUGAGAAAGAAAUAUUAGCAAUGGGUGGUACCGUUGAUGGUCAGACUGCGAAUGACAUACGAGAGGACGAUGAUGGUAUGACAGGAAUCGGCUCUGGCGCACAACUCGGUGGCCAGUUCACAGUAUCACAAGCUUCACAAAGUGUUACGCAAAAACAACAAGCCGAAAAUAACAUGGAUAUCAAGGUGGAAAAUUUUGACAUUGGAGCGCAGGGUAAGCUGCUCUUCAACAAAGCAUCACUGACUAUCGUGUACGGGCGAAGAUACGGUUUAGUGGGGCCUAAUGGAAUGGGCAAGACAACAUUAUUGAAACACAUUGGCUCAAGAAAAUUGAAGGGAAUUCCGUCCAACAUAGACAUAUUGUACUGUGAGCAAGAAAUUGCUGUUGACGACACAUCCGCUAUCGAUACUGUGGUAAAAUCAGACAAGAAAAGGCUUGCUCUCAUAGAUGAGCAAGCCAAGCUUACCCACGAGCUUGAGGAGGGGGACAACAGCGUUGUUCAACGGAUGCAGGAGGUAGCUGAUGAGCUACGUGAUAUGAAAGCAGAUGCAGCUGAGCCCAGAGCUCGUCGGAUCCUUGCUGGUUUAGGAUUUUCGAAAGAAAUGCAGGAGAAGGCUGUGCGGGACUUCUCCGGUGGAUGGCGAAUGCGUAUCUCCUUAGCUCGUGCUCUUUAUCUGGAACCUUCUUUGCUUAUGCUUGAUGAACCUACUAACCAUCUUGACCUGAAUGCGGUUAUUUGGCUUGAUAAUUACCUGCAGUCGUGGAAAAAGUCGCUGUUGAUUGUUUCUCACGACCAGGGGUUCUUGGACAGCGUAUGCACGGAUAUUAUUCAUCUUCAAGACCAAAAAUUGCACUACUACAAAGGAAAUUACACUCUUUUCAAGAGGAUGUUCAAUCAGAAAAUGAAGGAGUACGUGAAAGCGUACGAAAGUCAGCAAAAACAAAUGCAAGCUAUGAAGAAAGGCGGCAAAAGUGCGAAGCAAGCUGAAGAGGAGUUGAAGAAGAAUAUGCAGAAUAAACAAAAUAAACAAACAAAAGGAAAGAAAGGUUCAGCGUCAAUGGGAGACGAGAGUGAUGCGCCUCCUCCUGAAUUGAUGCACCGUAUCAAAGAAUAUCAUGUGAAGUUCUCCUUCCCAGACACAGAUAAGCUGGCGCCACCAAUUCUUGGAUUACACAACGUGACAUUUGGAUAUGGCAAUAACAUCUUGUUCAAAGAUUUGGAUUUCGGUGUAGAUAUGGACUCUCGAAUUGCCAUAGUUGGUGCGAAUGGGGUUGGGAAGUCAACCUUGUUGAAGCUACUAGUCGGGAAAAUUCAGCCGACAGAGGGUGAGCUUACGAAACAUCGGCAAGUGAAGAUUGGAUGGUUUGAUCAGCAUGCCAAUGAAGUGUUGAAUGGGGAACAAACUCCCAUUGAAUAUUUGAGUACAAAAUUCAAUAUUGACUACCAGCUUGCGCGGAAGAAUCUUGGAACAGUCGGCCUUGCUGGGCACGCUCAUACCGUCAAGAUUAAAGACCUAUCAGGUGGACAGAAAUCUCGUGUUGCACUCGCUGAGCUUGCCUUGGGAGAACCGGAUAUGCUGAUUCUAGACGAACCCACUAACAAUUUGGAUAUUGAAUCUAUAGACGCGCUUGCUACCGCUAUUGAAAACUUUGGUGGAGGCGUAGUUAUGGUUACCCACGACGAGCGGUUAGUGCGAGCGACAGAGUGCACGUUGUGGAUAGUCGAGGACCAGAACAUCUCGGAGAUCGACGGUGAUUUCGAUACAUACAGAAAGGAAGUUUUGGACGCUCUUGGUGAGACUCUCAGCCAUUGAGUUUCAACCAAAUGUUUGUUCAAAAUGGGUACAUUUACUGCUUGUUCGUUGUUGUGUUUCAAAGUUCUAUGGCUUUCCUGGUUUUUUCGAUGCUGGUCGAUAAAAAGUAUUUAUUUU